GUGCAGGAGGCCUGGGCCGCCGCGAGGAGCCGCCGCCGGCCGCUGGGCCCCACCGCCGGGCCGCUCGACGACGACGCUCCCGCGGGGGCCCCGCCUGAGGAGGACGCGGCGGCGGCGGCGAGGCCGCGGGAGGCCGCGGAGGAUGGAGGAGCGGAAGGAGGAGGGCGAGGCCGAGAUCCAGGAGCACGGGCCCGAGCACUGGUUCUCCAAGUGGGAGCGGCAGUGCCUGGCCGAGGCCGAGCAGGACGAGCAGCUGCCCCCUGAGCUGCAGGAGGAGGCGGCGGCCGCCGCGCAGCCGGAGCACAAGCAGCAGAAGCUGUGGCACCUCUUCCAGAACUCGGCCACCGCCGUGGCCCAGCUCUACAAAGACCGAGUGUGUCAGCAGCCAGGACUUUCUCUCUGGGUCCCCUUCCAAAACGCAGCCACCGCCGUCACCAACCUCUACAAAGAAAGCGUGGAUACUCAUCAGCGAAGUUUUGAUAUUGGAAUUCAGAUUGGCUAUCAGCGACGCAAUAAGGAUGUGUUGGCUUGGGUUAAAAAGCGCAGAAGAACUAUUCGUAGAGAAGAUUUGAUCAGCUUCCUGUGUGGGAAAGUUCCUCCACCACGAAACUCUAGAGCUCCCCCAAGACUGACUGUAGUGUCCCCUAACCGAGCUACUUCAACGGAAACUAGCUCAUCUGUAGAGACUGAUUUGCAACCCUUCCGGGAAGCCAUAGCUCUGCAUGGUCUUAGUGGUGCAAUGGCUAGUAUAAGCGUGCGUUCGAGUACCCCAGGCUCUCCUACACAUGUAAGCAGUGGAUCGAAUGCUAGUCGAAGGAGAAAUGGACUCCAUGAUGUCGAUUUGAACACUUUCAUAUCAGAAGAAAUGGCCCUCCACUUGGACAAUGGUGGAACUAGAAAGCGUACCUCAGCCCAGUGUGGCGAUGUCAUUACAGACUCACCAACCCAUAAACGCAACAGAAUGAUCUAAACUGCAGACAUUUUCACACCCACCAUGCUGCUUGAAAGCCACUCGAUCCUCAACAUAUACUAUUAUUGCAAAGGAAACAUGAGGCCAUCUUUCCUUGUUCACUGUUUAAGACAAGUGAAUUCUAUAGUGGUUGCCAUAAAAGGAAGCUCUAGGUAUUUCCAAUAGAUGCCUCUUGUAACCAUGGCUUUCCUAAAACUAUAAUCCUAGCAGAGGACAUCAGACAUCGUGUAGUCAUUAGCAAGAUCAUCAUAGGCAAACAUAUAUCCGUUCCAAGGCUAAAAGUGACCUUAACUGUAUUUAUUCUCAAAGGGAAAGGAAAUAUCAGAUGUUUAUUUGGUUAUAGAAUGCUUUUUUCCCCCCUCCUCCCCUUCCCUUCUUCCUUUUUGGUCCAUUUCCUGCUGCGUUGAGUAUUUUGCUCAAACAGUAUUGCCAGGUUCCUAAAAUGAUCUCAAACCCACGAUUUGGCCUCCUCGUCAAAUCGGCAGGCUGCCAGUUUUUGCAGCGGCCCCGUACCACGCCCACGGUCUCUCUCUGGUCAACAGUGUGCAACUUCUAGUGGUUGGACUGUGCCCUGGUUUUAGUUUUCCAAGCAGUUUCUAAUUCUGGUGAUUGUGUGAUGUAAAGAGGUGCUAUGAUGGUCAUGCAAUUAAUACUUAAUAUUGAAUCAAUACACAGAACCUUAUUGGAUUCACUUUGUGUGUGUUAGCGCUCUCAAGGUAGCAAUAUGAUUAUUAAAGUGCCCCCCAGAUUGACCCCGUAGGCUUAAAAUACUUCCGUUUUAAAACAAGUACUACUUCCCAUGCAGGGUACUGUUUCUUAGGGUAAAUGUAAACUCGUAGACUGCAUUCAAGGGGGACGUACAGUAGGGAGGCCAUGAACUUGGAGGAUGGGCUUCCUUUUUGUUCAGUAUUAGCGAGAGGGAGAUGGAUGGUGGGGGAGGGUAGGUAUUCCAGUCCUUCGUGUCCUGUCCUGCAUUUUUCAUGAAUGCCCCGCUUCGCGCAGCUUCCGUUGGGGUUGGUGGAAGAUAACAGUCUUUCAUCUGCCAGCGACGCGAUCGCAACUUAAGUAGCACCUCCCCCACCCCCCCACCCCCGGUCUCCAGUCCCUCCCCCGCUAACCAGUGCAGUUUGGAAUCUCAUUCCGGAAAAGAUGGAAUCGCAUGGAGGCUUCUCUAGAUGUUAGUUUGACCUAAAUAAAGGUUCUGAGUAGAUUCCUCUUUUGAGUCCCUUAUAAGGCCUCUUGUAGCCACAAUGUUUUAGAGCAUGCUUCAUCUGCAUUUUUCAUAUCUUGAACUGAAUGAUAGUCAUUUUUAGAUGAAGAACUGAUGUCAGCCUGCCAGGUACUGUAAUUUAUUCUAUCAUAUUAUUAUAUUAUAUAUCAAGUAGGACAGUGAAAAUGUUUCCUUGCAAACCUGUAGUCCAGUAUCAGUUAACUUCCUGUUUUUAUCCUCAAAAGACCAUUGCAAAUCAGUGUAAGGGUUUUUCCAGUAAUUACUCACAGCACUUUGAUAAAGUUUGCAACUCCUUCAGCCAUUUAAUAAUAUCUUUCUGUGAAGAAACUUUGCUAAGUUAACCAUAAUAUUCAUGGACUGACCGGGUGGGAGGUGAAUGGAUUGUUAGAAACGUGUGAGCUCAAGUUCUGUAUUCAUAUAGAUAACAGCCCUUAUUUAAAAAACAAGAACAAAAAGUCAAUUCCGUACUAAAACUAGGACUGAAAGAGAGGUAUUUCAAAAUUUUUGCAAAAAGUGGAUCAUUCUUUUUUGUUUGAAUAUAAUAGCAGGGAGACUUCUACCUGAAACAGACGAGCCUGUGUAUCACGAAUACUUUAAAGCUUCCUUUUGGAAUAUGCCCAGAAAUGCAUUUGGAAUUACCUUUGUUUUUUUCUAUUGUUGUAAAUUUAGAUUCUGGAAUUGGCGUUUGGUGGAGUGAAGCGUUGCUCACAAGUGGCCAGAACUCCUCUUCUUAAAGGAUUUUGAGAUUGAGGAACACUUGUAUAUCCUCCCCUUUAUGCCUUGGUUCUCUAGUUCUCCUUCCGAAUCGAAUAGCAAUUUUUUAUUUUUGGUUGUUUUUUUUUUUUUUUUGUUUCAUUUUAGUUGGUGCUCUGACACUGAAUCUCAGUACCCUUUACUCUCGAUUGUCAAAUUUUGAUAAAACAUGUGCCAUUUUCUUUGGUAAGAGAAAGCAGGUCUUAAUGUCUGCCAGAAUACGAUUUAUAUGCCUUACUGGCUCCAUUAAACUUUUUAAAAACUUUAGCAUUCGUUACUUUUUUCCACUGCAUUUAAUCUCCAGUGAGAUUGUCAACCUCCUGGUACCUCCCCCGACCCCCGCUCUGUCUUCUCCUCUCUCCCGUGCCCCCUGAGCACAAAAUAACUUCUAAGAAGUCUAGGAGUAGAAAGGGAAACGAUUUCUUAAAGGAAAACGUUCUGACUGCUAGAAUUUUGAAGCCUUCGAUUGUGCCAUUUUAGAUGCAAACAGAUCAUGGCAGAUUGCAUAUCGUGUGGUACUUUUUAAAUGACAUUGGUUUUCUUUUUUUCAGUCUCUUGAGAACAGUGUAGGCUGAAUUUUAAAACCGAACGGUUUACUCUGGGGGAACAGAACCUCCCCUAGAUCCUCGGAUUCUUGUAGACCUCCCGGCUCAUGAGACCUGUUGCUGUCGCCCUCACUUGGCCUGAGUGGGUUGAGUUCAUCCCUACCGUGCAGUGUUCUGAGCAUGGCUGAAGCGUUCACGACUUACUUAUCAUGUUUAGAUUUUAUAGAGCAAAAUUAAUGGAAAGCAUUUGGCUGAAUCUAAAGACCCACAGUCAAAUUCUUCAAUGUGGUUCACCCAACUGGAGUCAUGGUACACACCUUCAAUCAUUCAACGAAUAAAUAAUUUAAAAAUCCAAAAAA